AUGGGGAAAGGUAUUGCUAAAUAUGGGUUUAAAAGUGGUGUAUUACCUGUAACUAGAAACAUUUUGAAGAAUCCAACUAUUCGUCAAACUACUUUAAUUAAUAGAGCUAAAGAACCAUUACCUAAAGGUGAAAAUGGUAUUGGUUAUGCAGAAGGAAUUCAACAUCCUUUAAAAUCUCGUAGAGAUCCAAAACCUGCUACAUUUAUUGAUAUUGAAGAAGUUAUCUCUAAGAGUGUUCCUGCUCCACAAUCUUUAAAAUCUUCUGGUAGUGAAAUUCAAGAGACUAAGAUGAAAAGAGCACAACUAAGAAGACAAUAUUUAGCUAAUGCAUUACGUAAAGAAGAAGAAUAUCUAUUGAAAAAGGAAGAAUUAGUUGCCAAAAAAAAAAUAAUUGAAGCAAAAGAACGUGAAGAAGAAAUGAAAAAGAUUAAUUUAACAAAAUCAUCAGAUUUAACGAUUCCUUCUUUAGAACAUAUAAUAAAUCAACCUUUAAUGAGGCCGAGAACUUCAGAAGAAAUUGAAUUAAUGAAAUUAAAGAGAAAUUAUAAUAGAGAAUUUAUAGAAUUUAAAGCUAAAGAAAGAAAAUUAGAAAAAUUAUUAGAAUUGUAUUAUGAAGCAGAUCAAUAUAUUGUUACAGAAGAACAAUUAUUGAAAAAUAUUGAUGCCAUAUUUGAUGAAACACGUUUUGCAACAAAUACCAAUACUUUCUUGGAAUUGAAAAAUAAUACAAAGAAGAAUAAUUUGGAAAGAAAAAUUGGUGAUGAAUUAUUUGGUACUAUUAAUACUAUACAUCCAGGUUUACCGAUGGUUAAGGAUUUCUUAAAUGGUGAAGCAAUUAAGUUUAAUAAAGAAAUUAAGGAAGAAAAUAACAAAAUCCUAGAAGAAAGACAAAAAAAUGUAGACAGCAUUCUACCUUAG